AGGAAUGGCCCCGCACAUCAUCGCCAUAACUUUACUUCUAUGCGGCUGCAAAUGCAUCCUGGCGCAGUUCCCAGAGGUGGACGUUGCAGUCCUGUCGCCGAAAGUCCUGUCGCUAGAUCCUGGACGACCUGGUCGCUUUCACAGAUUGCCAAAUCCUCGAUCUGGUUCCCCGCAACCAUUAGGAAACCAAAGACUCCGGAGACCGGUCACCUUUAAGCCUCGAUUAACGACAACGGAGGACUCACUGAACGUUCCAAAUUACCCGGAAAUUCGAGGACCCCGACCAAUCCCAAUUCAGAACAGUCAGAAUUCGGAUCAGCUUUUCUCACCUGCGCAGAUUCAAUCUCCACCGACACAACAGGUGAAACCAGUCAACGAGGAAAGAGAAGACGACGAAGAAAAUAUUUCCCAAGCGAUAGCCAAUCUUAGCGCAGUCUCCGGUUUUCCACAGCCUACAGGACGAUCAUCAUCAGCACCUGAACAGUACCCAACACCUGCAUCUCAACAAUAUGGCCCACCUCAGGGCCAGAAAGUGCCAAAAUUGAGGAAACCUAUCGAAAUCCCCACAGGCCGUCAGCCUGUGCCAAUUAAGCAAUUUAGGCCUCAACAACAACAAGCACAACAAUCGCAACAACAACCACAGCAUCAACCACAACCACAGCAACAACAUCAACGUGCACCGAGUCCACCUCAGUCGAAUACUUAUGAAACUCGAGGAAAGAAACCCGUAGCUCAGAGCAUCAAGCGUUAUCGCGAAGACAAUGCGGACGGCUCCAUAACCUGGGGCUUUGAGAACGACGACGGCUCGUACAAGGAAGAACUAAUUGGUGUAGAUUGUAUAACACGUGGCAAAUACGGAUACGUAGAUCCGGACGGAGUACGCAGAGAGUACAGCUACGAAACUGGAAUCAGGUGCGACGAGACUCAGCAAGAUGAGGACGAGCAAAAUGGUUUCGUAGAUUAUCAGGAGAACAAAUUGGUACUUCCCAGCGGAAAGACCAUCGACUUGUCCACCAUGGGGAAAAACACGCAAGGCAAGCGACGCCCGCAAUCGGCGUACAGAAAUUAAUUCUAACCUGGCAAAAAUGAU